GAUAGUCACGAGAAAGUGGUGGUUGAAGAUUGACUAACAUCAAUGACUAUCAGGGGUGGACCAAGAAUCGAGACGGAAAGGCUGAAACAAGAGCUAGAAUCAUAGAAUUCUGGUGGAAACGUCUGAAGAAACCAGAAAUUCUCCCUUUUCUCUCAAUUUCACUUGGCUACUACCCCUGAUUCUCCAUCCGUCAAAGAAAUCAAAGACGAAGAAUGAGGGAUUGACGGAUCUGUGCUGUUCAAUCCCUCUGCUAAGACAAUCAAUCAUAUUCCCUAAGUUGAAGAAAUACGUUGUGAUCGGCAAUCCAAUUGGGAGAAGUAGAUGGGGAAUAUAUUCGUCAAGAAGCCCAAAGUCACCGAUGUUGAUAAAGCCAUUCUCUCUCUCAAGACGCAGAGACGCAAACUCGGUCAAUAUCAACAGCAGAGGGCAGCAGCUGGGAGAUUAUAAAGCCAUGGGAUGUCUAGGGAGUGUUGAUGCAGGAGUUUGUGAGUUUUCAGAUGAACAACUUUACCGCUUUGAGCUUGAUGCUGUCAUUGAAGCAGAAAAGAAUGCUGCAAGAGAGUUAGUUCGACAAAAGAAAAAAGAUCGGGCCUUGUUAGCUUUGAAGAAGAAAAAGGCACAAGAAGAAUUACUGAAGCAAGUUGAUGCCUGGCUGAUUAAUGUUGAACAACAAUUGUCAGAUAUUGAAUUGGCCAGCAAACAGAAAGCUGUUUUUGAAAGUUUGAAGGCUGGUAAUAAUGCGAUCAAAGCUAUACAAAGUGAAAUUAACAUUGAUGAUGUCCAAAAGCUGAUGGAUGAUACUGCUGAAGCUAAGGCAUAUCAAGAUGAAAUUAAUGCCAUCUUGGGUGAGAAAUUGUCAGAAGAAGAUGAGGAGCAAAUCUUAGCAGAAUUUGAGAGCUUGGAAGCUCAGCUCACUGUUGAUGAUCUGCCUGAGGUCCCAACUUCCGAAGAAAAAGAGGAAAAGUUGGAUCUUCCCGAGGUGCCAUCCAAAAAACCUGUUGCAGCUGAUGCCAUUGAAGAAGAUGCUGAAACUAUCUCAUCUGAUGCACCCACAAAGAGACGAGUUAUGGAAGAACCUUUGGCAGCAUAAAUGCGGGUACUUGAUGGAGAUUGCUCAUCACAUGUAGUGAUGAAGGGUUUGAGCUUAGCAACUGUUAUUUGAUUUUGUGAAAUUCCUACAAGGCUCAUAAUGCUCCAUUCACCAAUCUGAUGUUUGUACAGACACUUCCUCAUGCACGUAUAUAAAUUUAUUUUCUUCCUGCUUGGCUAGGGUGUGUGUUUUCUAAAGGUUUGUUUUCAUUUUUAUUUUUUCCCUUUUUUGUUGGAUUAAGCUUUCUGUUAAAUUAUUACAAUAUUUAUUCUUAUCUUUCUUCGUAGAUGGUAGAUGUUUGGGUGUAAUUACUUUCUCUAGUUUUAGCAAGAGGAAGUUUGAUAAUUGGUUAAAUCUUUUAUAGCAUAUAUAAAAAGCUUGGAUGAGGUGAAACUUUUUAGGUCAA